UGUCGUCUUCUCCAUUGCGACACUGAAACUCAGGCGGCGCCACCAGCCAGAGUCCCACGACGUUGCUCUGCUAGGGUUUUGCUCCACCUUCCUCCCACCUCGCGCCAUCGGAUUCCACCUUCCCAGGUCUCCCCUCCCCUCCCGUCGCCAUGCCUCACCUCGUCCGCGAGCGCCUCUUCUUCGGCGACAUCAACGACGCCAUCGCCGCGCUCACCACCACCGCCGCGGACACCGGCGGCUUCACCCACCUCCUCUCCGUCGUCAGCUCCGCAUCCAUCUCCUUCAUCACCGACUGCCGCCCGGGCCUCUCCAUCCCCACCGAGGAGGUCCGCCGCGUGGUCGCCGGGGAGGAGGGCGCGCCGCCGGUCUCCGCCGUGGCCCCCGGGCGGCUGUUGCGGGUGGUGGAGCGCGCUGGGGUCGGGCUGCGGGUCACGCGGAUGGCCGUGCCGCUGCGGGACACCGAGGAGGAGAACCUGCUCGAUCACCUCGAGCCGUGUCUUGAUUUCAUCGAUGAGGGCAGGAAGGAGGGGAACGUCCUUGUCCAUUGCUUUGCUGGGGUCUCAAGGAGUGCUACCAUCAUCGUUGCUUAUCUUAUGAGAACAGAACAAAAAUCUCUGGAAGAAGCACUAGAGUCUCUUAAGGAAGUCAAUGAGUCAGCCUGCCCAAAUGACGGUUUUCUUGAGCAGUUGAAACUGUUUGAAGAAAUGGGCUUCAAAGUUGAUACUUCAAGUCCUCUAUACAAGCGUUUCCGUUUAAAAUUGCUAGGCCAAUCCUACAAAAUUGGAGAGAAAAUAGGAAGCUAUGUAUUUGAAGAUGAUCCUGGUCUUUCUGGACAGCCUAAUUCUUCUACUCAGGAUUUACCAAACAAACAAACCCAACAAACAGCAUACCGCUGCAAAAAAUGCAGGAGAAUUGUUGCUGUGCAGGGCAAUGUUGUGAGCCAUACUCCUGGUGAGGGUGAAUCUUGCUUUCAGUGGCAAAACAAAAGAAAGGGAGAGCGAUCAUAUAGCAAAGAACAAGAUUGCUCAUCGUUGUUUGUUGAGCCUCUGAAGUGGAUGACUCCAGUGGAAGACGGUGCUUUGGAGGGGAAGCUAUCGUGUAUCCACUGCGGAGCACGGCUAGGAUAUUUCAACUGGUCAGGAAUCCAGUGCAACUGUGGCAGCUGGAUCACCCCAGCCUUCCAAAUUUCCAAGAGCAAAGUUGAUAUUAGUACGACUUAGAUAGUUUUUUUUUUGUGGGGUGUACGACUUAGAUAGUUGUCGGAGGCUAGCAGAUUAUUUCAGGACCAUGUGAGCUGGUGUAAAUACCGUUUUAUCAGAAGGAUUUACGAACUCGAAGGAUCUCGACCGAAGAUUUUCAGAUCCAUUGUGCACUAGAUAGAUAUCAUGAAGCAUUAGCCUCAGAAACCUCCACUGUAUUACUACUUGGUGUUAGAAGACUAUGCCAUCAGUUGCAAUUGUUGGUUCUGAUGAUCUGAGAGGCUAUCAACACGAAUUUCAUUUUGUUUUUUGUUUUUUUGUAUUAAAUGCAUCUGUCUGCAAAUUUGUAAUGCAGUUUUGUUGUACCUGAGUC